GUUGAAGCUAAUCAUUCGGAGCGUAUAAUAAUUACUAAAACAUCAAGCGCAUAGAACGGAAUACGAUCAUUAUGUUAAAUUCAGAUAUUUACGUGAAAGAAGAAUACAAUGAAGCAAGUCUAAGUCCAAAUCCAAAUUCAAAUCCAAGUCCAACUUCAAGUCCAAGUCCAAGUCCAAAUCUGAAGUUAAAAACAAAUCUAAAUCCCACUCCUAGCCCAAGUCCAAGUUUAAGUUCAAGUUUAAGUUCAAGUAUAAAUUCAAGUUUAAAUUCAAGUCCAAGUCUAAAUGCAAAUUCAAGUAUUCAAAAUCCACAUUCGAAUGCAACUAAACGGAAAAUAGCUUUGACUAUGCAGCAAAAGUUGGAAGCAGUAAAAAAGAAAGAGGCUGGUGUUCCUAUAAUUGAAAUAGCAAUUGAAUAUAAUACUAGCGAAACUACAGUGAGGAGAUGGAGUCGUGAAAGGGAAAAAUUUGAAAAGCGUAGCCUUUCAUGGAAUGCAAAACGCAUACGUUUAUCACCACUUGAAAAAGUUAACGAAGCUUUAACCAUUUGGUUCCAAGGUGAAAGAAGAAGGAACAAUGCACUCACUGUUAUACAAGUGAAAGUUAAAGCUCAAGAAUUUUUUCGACGAUUCGGUGGCGAUACAGAAACAUUUAAAGCAAGUGAUGGAUGGUAUCGAACUUGGAAACUAAGGAAUGGCAUUCGAUCUAUAGCACUACCUGGGGAGCAAUCACCUGCUAACACGAAAGCUGCAAAUCAGUUUACCAAUGAAUUAUUAAACUUAAUGGAAAAAGAAGAAUUAACUUUACAUCAAGUAUUUAAUGCAGAUGAAACUGAACUUUAUUUUAAAAUGAUGCCAAGUAAUAAUUUAGUUGUUAAGACAGAACAAGGAACUCCUAGCUGUAAAAGAAUUAAUGAUAAAUUAACUGUAAUGAUGUGUUGUAAUGCAAAUGGUUCAUUCAAAAUGCCAUUACUAGUUAUAGGGAAAACUCAAAGACCAUCGGCAUUGAAAAAUAUAGCACCACAGUUAUUACCUGUCAAAUAUACGGAUCACAAAAAUGCCUGGAUGAGUGCCAUCAUUUUUGAAAGGUGGUUUAAAGAAGAUUUCGUGCCUCAGGUUACUAAUUUUUUAAAAUCAAGAGGAUUGCCAGUGAAAGCAGUUUUACUAUUGGACAGUGACAAAUCAUAUCCACCAAUGAAUACAUUAAGUAUUGGUGGUAUCAGGGCUAUAUUUUUUCCUUCAAAUGUAACUCCACUUAUCCAACCUCUUGAUCAGGGAAUUAUUAAAGUACUAAAACGAAGAUACAAGGCAGUAUUCCUAAAAUUUUUAAUAAAUGCCCAAGCCGAUGGAAUUAAUUAUUAUCGUGCAAUAAACUCAUUCAGUAUUAAAAAUGCAAUUGAUUUAAUCAGUGAUGCUUGGGAUGAUAUUACUGAAAAAACUAUCUCAAACUGCUGGAAAAAGUUGUUAAAUAUGCCAGUUGAUGAAGACAAUAAUUCCGAUUAUGUGACUUCUGAACAUAUCCAUCAAAUGUGCAAGAAAAUUCGAAGUUAUGAAGACAUUACUUUGGAUCAAAUCAAUGAAUGGAUCCAUACUGAUUGCUUAACUAGCCUUACAGAUGAAGAAAUCAUUGAAGCUGUAGAAAAUCCAUGCAAUGAAGAAACUGAUACAGAGAGUGAACAUCAUAUAGAGAGUGAAAUAUCACCUGCUAUGGCAAUGGAAGGUUUAGACUCUGUGAUUUCAUUUUUUGAAGAAACUGGGGAAAUCUCACUUUCAGAUAUGAAAGUAUUGAAAAGAGUGAGAGAGCAAUUGUUAAAAAUUAAAAAUCAGAUUUAAUUUAAGGAGAAUUUUUAUAACAAUAAAAAUAAUUUAUUUUGACA